UUGUACGUCAUGACGUAUAUGACGCGUUUACGUGCUGGGUCGGUACGCAGAAGUGACCGGUGAGAGUGUUGCUAUUUAUUGGUGGUUGAAUUCCCUCAAACUACAUCUGUCCGGCGUUAAUAUGUCUGAUCAGGAGGCAAAGCCUUCCAGCCAAACAGGAGAAAAGAAGGAUGGUGAAUACAUUAAAUUAAAAGUUAUAGGCCAGGACAACAGUGAGAUCCAUUUCAAAGUGAAAAUGACCACGCAACUAAGAAAGCUGAAGGAGUCCUACUGUCAGCGACAGGGAGUUCCACCAAAUUCACUUCGAUUUUUGUUUGAAGGUCAGCGGAUCACAGAUCACCAAACACCUAAAGAGCUUGGCAUGGAGGAUGAAGAUGUGGUUGAAGUUUAUCAGGAACAGACAGGAGGAUGGUUGAGAGCUUAAUUGCUGGUCCAUGCAUCAGAAUCCCGAUCAUCUGUAUAAUUUCUUUAUUGUUUCUUGUCAGCUGUAAUCACUGAUUUUAUAUAUUAAAAAAAAGGAAAAAAAAAGAGACCACUUUCUUUCAUAUGGUUUGUACGACAGGUUGAUGCCCAGCUGAAAGUUCUUAUUUUCAGUACGUACUGUAAUACAACCAAUUCCGUAUAUUCAGCAUAAAUGGCAACAAAAUGUCAACUGAGUUUUCUUCAAAAGAGAAGUUUGUGACUUGAGUACCUUUUUUAUAAAUUAAUAUUUUUCAUUACCUAAAGACCAUUUUGGAAAGUUUUUUCCAAUUUGUAGGACAAAUGGGCUUAAGAAUGGUGUGUGAAGGUUUUCUUGCAUGAAAAGUUACGUUCUAAAACAUACAUUCCCAAACCUCAAUCUGAAAUUGUAAAACAAAAUUAGCAAAUUGCAUUGUAGUGCAUCUCUUUGUCUCCUUUAUUUGGAGAAAGUGAGGUCUGUAGAUGCUGGAGAAUCAGUGUCGAAAAGGGUAACACUGGAAAAGCACUGCAGGUCAGGCAGCAUCUGAGGAGCAGAAGAGUUGACGUUUCAGGCAUAAUCCCUUCAUCAGGGCUACCUGAACUGCUAUGCUGUUCCAGCAGCACCCUUUUCGAUUCCUUUAUUAUUUGGCCAGACAGAAUUUUAACAUUUUAAAUUCAAAAGCUUUUGGGGUUUUUUUUUAAAAAAGAGGGCAUGCACCAGCUAUAAGGUGGUUAUAAACUCACAGGCUGCUCUUAGAAAUGUGGUACAGCAGCAGUUAAAAUAUCAUGGUGCUGCCUCUGUAUUACAAGAAAAUACCCUUGUAAAAUCACAUUGGUUCUUGCACAAUGUUUGUCAUGCUGUUCCUGUUUUAAUCCUUUCACCCACUUAAACCUAUUUGUGUUUCAGAGCAAAAUGCUCAGAACUUUGCAUAGGUAUCUCCUUUGUGAAAGUAAGCUUAUGAUUAUAGAUGCAGAAAAGUCAUACAGUUCAGCAAAUACUUUAGGGCAAACUGUAUGGUAGACAGACUGCACUGCCACCCUAAGCUUUUCAGUGAAAUCAACCAUUGGAGGGUUACAUAGGGAUUACUUAAGGAAGACACUGGCAGGAAACAAUUCAGAUUUGUUUGGUCUUGUUCAUUGUAGAUAUCAGUUGAUCUGGUUUAAUUUUAGGAGAGGGUUUCUUUUAAGUGAAUACCUCAACUUUCAAUCAUUCAUGCUAUUUGUUUGCCAUUGUAGAACUGGCAGAUACAACAAAAUUCAAUAUUUUUGUUUUCAGUUUUCUUAUUUGUAUGUACUUUAUACGCAUCAGGAGUUUAGAUUCAUGAAUUCACUGCUACUCUGCUGGAAAGACCAGCAUAGCGAAUUUUUGAGAGAAUAGAUGUGAAUCGUUGUAAAUGGAUUUUAAGAAUUCGUACAUGAUUAAAUUUGGAAAACAUUUUUGACUAGUUCAGAAUAUGGUUCGGUCAGGCUGGAUUAAAUGGAUGUGUACAGAAAGGGGGAAAAAUCUAUUUUCCAAUUACCAGUAUGCAUACAAUACUAGUGUUUUUUAAAACCAUUUAUGGCCAUACCAUCAGAUGAAUUGUAACUAUUUGCAUAAACAAGCUUAAAAUAUCAUUUUCCUUAAAUACCAACUGUACCAAGUACAAUGUUGUGAGAGCAUUUUUAAUUUUUUUAAAAUUGAAAAGUCAUUUUAGUGAUUUGUCUUUCUUUUUGCUCAUGGAAUCCCCAAAAUUUAUUACACGGUUCAUAAGAUAUGAAUGGGGAUUGUUCAACUUUGUACAUAAUCUUAUGCUAAGAUACUGAAUAAAGACAUGAGAAAAUAGUGAUUAGAA